AGCGACACACACCAGACCAGACCAGCCGAGUUACGGUAAAGCCGCAAUAAGCAUGGCUUUCGACAUAGUCCUUGCUCAAGAGCUUGUCGCAGCGGCAAUCCUCUUCUUCGUUACACGCCUUUUCAUACGCCGAGUCAUCUCCAAGCCACGAAAGCUUCCGCCCGGCCCCAAAGGGUGGCCGAUCAUUGGGGCGCUCCCACUGCUAGGCGGCAUGCCCCAUGUCGCACUAGCCCGAAUGGCCAAGCAAUAUGGCCCCGUCAUGUACCUCAAGAUGGGUACUUGCGGAAUGGCUGUGGCUUCAACGCCGGACGCUGCCCGUGCAUUCCUCAAGACCCUCGAUCUCAACUUCUCCAACCGCCCCCCCAAUGCAGGAGCCACUCACCUUGCCUACAACGCUCAGGACAUGGUCUUCGCCGACUACGGACCGAGGUGGAAAUUGCUACGUAAACUGAGCAAUCUACACAUGCUCGGUGGCAAGGCCCUUGAUGACUGGGCUCAAGUAAGGACCAUUGAACUAGGCCACAUGCUCCGGGCCAUGAACGACGCAUGCCGCCGAGGCGAACCAGUUGUCGUUCCGGAGAUGCUAACGUAUGCCAUGGCCAACAUGAUAGGGCAGGUCAUACUUAGCCGACGUGUGUUUGCGACCAAGGGGUCGGAAUCUAACGAGUUCAAGGACAUGGUCGUGGAGCUGAUGACAAAGGCCGGGCUAUUCAACAUCGGCGACUUCAUUCCAUCGAUUGCUUGGAUGGACUUGCAGGGGAUCGAAGGGGGGAUGAAGAAGCUGCACAAGAGGUGGGACGGCCUCAUCUCGAAGAUGAUAUUCGAGCACAAAGCCACGGCUCACGAACGCAAGGGAAAGCCAGACUUUCUUGAUAAUGAAGAAAAGAAAAAGAAUAACUCUGCAGAGGCUAGUGUGGUUGAGGAUGAGAAUGUGGAUGUUCUCUUAAUGACAAAUGAUAGAACCAGAUCCAAGGAUGAAUGGAUUCUAGAUUCAGGUUGUUUCUACCAUAUGUGUCCCAACAAGGACUGGUUCUCCACCUACGAAUCUAUUAAUGGUGGAGUUGUAUUGAUGGGAAGUGGAGUUCUAAAAACCAAUAAGGGUACUCUUGUUGUGAUGAAAGGCAUGAGGAUAGGAAGUCUGUAUGUGCUACAGGGUACUACUAUCACAGGUUCAAUUGCAAUUUCUACAUUAUCUCUAUCUAAGUCUGACACCACCAAAUUAUAG